UGAGAAUACGGAGGAGGAGGAGGAGGGUCGGAGCUGAGAUUCCCCGUUACUGAUUCACACACUGACAUCUCUCUGGAUUUCACUUCAUCCGAUCCCGUCGCUCGAUCCCCCGGAGUCUCAAUGAUCGGACAUGGCGGGGGCACAGCCGGGGGUUCACGCGCUUCAGCUCAAGCGAGUCCGAGUGUCCGACCCCAUGAAGAAGGGGAGUAAAUGUAUCAAAUGGGACGAUGACUCCACUCUUGUCUAUCCAAUCAUUCUUAAAAUGGAUCCUAAUGGGUUUUUCCUUUACUGGACUGAUCAGAACAAGGAGAUGGAGCUUUUGGAUCUGAGUCUAGUGAAAGAUGCCAGAUGGGGCAGAUACGCUCGCACCCCCAAGGAUCCCAAAUUACGUGAACAGUUAGAGGUGGGGAACUUUGGAGGCCGGCUGGAGUAUCGCAUGUUUACAAUCGUCUAUGGACCAGAUUUGGUGAACAUCUCAUAUCUGAACUUGGUGGCAUUUCAGGAAGAAAUUGCCAAGGAAUGGACAGAUCAGGUAUUCAGUCUGGCGACCAAUUUGCUGGCGCAGAACAUGUCCAGAGAUGCAUUUCUUCAAAAAGCUUACACCAAGAUGAAGCUACAAGUGAACUUAGAAGGACGAAUCCCUGUUAAAAACAUUUACCGCCUAUUCUCUGCUGAUAGAAAAAGAGUGGAGACUGCGCUGGAGGCUUGCAAUCUUCCAUCUGGCAGAAGCGACUCCGUUCCACAAGACGACUUCACUCCAGAGCUUUACAAAGUCUUCUUGAACAAUAUAUGCCCGCGGCCUGAGAUUGACAACAUUUUUACCGAGUUCGGCAGUAAGAGUAAAACCCACCUGACUGUUGAUGAGCUGAUGGAAUUUAUUAACUCAAAGCAGCGAGACCCACGAUUAAAUGAGAUUCUCUAUCCGCCGCUAAAGCAGGAGCAGGUCCAACAGCUGAUUGAGAAAUAUGAGCCCAACAGCGUAUUGGCAACAAGAGGCCAGAUAUCAGUGGAGGGCUUCAUGAACUACCUGAGUGGAGAAGAGAAUGGAGUGGUCCCACCUGAGAAACUGGAUUUAAAUGAAGACAUGUCUCAGCCAUUAUCUCAUUAUUUCAUUAAUUCUUCACAUAACACCUACCUCACUGCCGGGCAGCUGGCUGGGAAUUCUUCGGUGGAGAUUUAUCGGCAAGUUCUCUUGGCCGGCUGUCGAUGUGUAGAACUGGAUUGCUGGAAGGGACGGACGGCCGAGGAAGAGCCGGUCAUUACCCAUGGAUUCACCAUGACAACGGAAAUAUCAUUUAAGGAAGUUAUAGAAGCUAUCGCUGAAUGCGCGUUUAAGACCUCGCCGUACCCAGUCGUUCUGUCUUUCGAAAAUCACGUUGAUUCGCCAAAACAACAGGAAAAGAUGGCGGAGUACUGCAAGCAAAUAUUUGGAGAUGGACUUCUGACAGAUGUACUAGAAAAGUACCCACUUGAUUCUGGAGUCCCUCUUCCAAGCCCCAUGGACUUAAAAUAUAAAAUCCUUAUAAAGAAUAAAAAGAAAUCCCACAAGUCGUCCGACAGGAGUGGGAAGAAGAAGCUGACGGAGCAAGCGUCCAACACGUGCAGUGACACCUCCAGUGUGUUUGAGCCGUCGUCUCCUGGAGCCGGCGAAGCAGAAAUUGAAAGUGAGGAAGAAGAUGAUGAUGACGAUGAUGACUGUAAAAAAUCGUCUAUGGAUGAGGGCACAGCAGGUAAAGAAGCCAGUGCCACGGAGGAAAUGUCCAAUCUGGUCAACUAUAUCCAACCGGUCAAGUUUGAGUCAUUUGAGUCGUCUAAAAAGCGAAACAAGAGCUUUGAAAUGUCUUCAUUUGUGGAAACCAAAGGGCUCGAGCAGCUGACUAAGUCUCCAGUAGAAUUUGUGGAAUAUAAUAAAAUGCAGCUGAGCAGAAUUUAUCCAAAAGGAACACGUGUGGAUUCAUCAAACUAUAUGCCUCAAGUCUUUUGGAAUGCCGGAUGCCAGCUGGUAGCACUCAACUUCCAAACAAUAGAUCUCUCUAUGCAGCUGAAUAUGGGAAUGUACGAAUACAAUGGCAAAUGUGGCUUCAGGCUUAAACCUGAGUUUAUGAGAAGACCUGAUAAACAAUUUGACCCAUUCACCGAAACCACCGUUGAUGGAAUUGUCGCAAAUACCGUCUCCGUCAAGAUCAUUUCGGGGCAAUUCCUUUCAGAUAAAAAGGUGGGCACAUACGUGGAGGUGGAUAUGUUCGGCCUGCCUGUUGAUACCAAGAGGAAAGCCUUUAAGACAAAGACGUCUCAGGGAAAUGCCGUAAACCCUGUGUGGGAAGAAGAACCUAUAGUGUUUAAAAAGGUGGUGUUACCCUCUCUGGCGUGUCUCCGAAUAGCUGCGUAUGAAGAAGGGGGCAAAUUCAUAGGCCAUAGGCUGUUACCGGUGCCAGCCCUCCGGCCAGGUUUCCACUACAUUUGCCUGAGAAAUGAGAAGAAUGUUCCACUGACACUGCCAGCGAUCUUUGUGUAUAUAGAAGUGAAGGAUUAUGUUCCUGAUACAUUUGCAGAUGUAAUUGAAGCCUUAUCAAAUCCCAUCCGAUAUGUGAAUUUAAUGGAGCAGAGAUCGAGGCAGCUGGCGGCACUCACUCUGGAAGAUGAAGAGGAAGUUAAGAAGGAGGUAGAAGCUGGUGAGGCCCCAUCAGAGGCAAACAGUGAGACCGGGCCGGCUCCAGCAGAAAAUGGCUUGAAUCAUGCUUCCACUCUCACCCCCAAGCCACCGUGCCCAACUGUACACAGUCAGCCUCCUCCAGGUUCUGUGAAGGUUCCUGCCAAAACAGAAGAUCUUAUAUUAAGUGUCUUAACAGAAGUGGAAGCCCAGACGAUGGAGGAGCUAAAACAGCAGAAAGCCUUUGUGAAGCUUCAGAAGAAACAUUACAAAGAAAUGAAGGACCUGGUGAAAAGGCACCACAAGAAAACCACCGAUCUCAUUAAAGAGCAUACGGCCAAGUACAAUGAGAUUCAAAGCGAUUACUUGAGGAGGAGAGCCGUUCUGGAAAAGACGGCAAAAAGGGACAGCAAAAAGAAGUGUGAAACGAGCAGUAGUCCGGAUCAUAAUUCUUCCACCGUGGAACAAGAUUUAAGCACUUUAGAUGCAGAAAUGGCCCAGAAAUUAAUAGAGCUGAAGGAACAGCAACAGCAACAACUUCUGAACCUUCGUCAAGAGCAGUAUUAUAGUGAGAAAUACCAGAAGAGGGAGCACAUCAAACAGUUAAUACAGAAACUGACCGACGUGGCGGAGGAAUGCCAGAGCAACCAGCUGAAAAAGCUCAAAGAAACCUGUGAAAAGGAAAAGAAGGAGCUGAAGAAGAAAAUGGAUAAGAAAAGACAAGAAAAGGUCACAGAAACAAAGUCCAAGGAUAAAAAUCAAAUGGAAGAGGAGAAGACGGAAAUGAUUCGCUCUUAUAUCCAAGAAGUGGUGCAAUAUAUUAAAAGGUUAGAAGAUGCUCAGAGUAAGCGGCAAGAAAAACUGAUAGAAAAGCACAAGGAGAUCCGUCAGCAAAUACUGGAUGAAAAACCAAAGGUUGAGCUUGACCAGGAAUACCAAGACAAAUUCAAGCGACUGCCAAUGGAAAUCCAGGAGUUUGUGCAAGAAUCCAUGAAAGGGAAGUUUAGCGAUGACGGCGAGCACAGUUCUACCACUUCCAUCUUACCGCCUGACAGUGGCAAAUCACCAGUUUCGGGGAAUCAUCAAAGUCCAGACCAUGAAGGUGAAGGAACAGCGGAAAACCCUGAUAAAGCUUUUGACACGUCCCUCUAA